AAUAGAGGCAAAAUAUUCACUAAUUUCCUCAUCCUUCUCCCCUCUAAAUUAUCACAACCUAAAUAUAGUAAGUUAUUUAUACCAAGUAAGGGGGAAAAUGGGGUUAAAGGCUUUUAUAAUUCUAAGCCUUGUUUUGGCUAUUUUUGCAAUUGUAACCUCACAUGUUGCAGCUAGGGAAUUGGCUGAGAGCUUCACUACUACUAUGGAAAAUACAAAGGAAAAUGAGGUAAAUGAUGCUAAAUAUCCUGGAGGAGGUUAUGGAGGGUACCCUGGUGGUGGUCGUGGAGGUUAUGGAGGGUAUCCUGGUGGUGGUCGUGGACGUGGAGGUUAUGGAGGGUACCCUGGUGGUGGUCGUGGACGUGGAGGUUAUGGAGGGUACCCUGGUGGUGGUCGUGGACGUGGACGUGGAGGUUAUGGAGGUGGAUAUUGCUCCUAUGGUUGUUGUGAAAGGAAUUACUAUGGUAAUGGUUGCAAUAGGUGUUGUUACUCCAAAAGUGAAGCUAUGAAUAAAGUCACCCAAGCUAAGCCUCACAACUAAAAUUUCUAAGUUAUAGUAAUAUUUUAUGUAGUGUGUGUUUUAGUAGCAAGUAAAAUAGUUUUUAAUUUGUUGUUGGGAGUUUGAAUAAAUGUAGCUUCCAUUCACUUCAUGUGGAUGGAUGGUCCAAUAUUAUCUUUUCAUUUUGUACGUUACCUACUCUUUUCAUAUAUAUGUUUGAAUGUAAUUGAUAUAUCAUAAAUUCACAUUAAUAAUUAGGUAGGUAGAUCUGUUUACUUAUA